AUGUAUGUGAACACAUCCGCGUUGGCUCGGCAAAUCCUGCUUGGAUGUCUGUACACGGGUUUACUUAUCCACGCCAUAUCCAAAUAUUUUGAGGCACUUGGUGAUCGAUCAGACUUCUUUAAAACAUCCCUUAAAUGUAUUUCCUCGUAUGUAGACGGGGAAACGAAUCUUGGGAAGCAAUGGUAUCAAUUCCCUUACCUUGUAAAUAAAUGUGCACCACAUAAUCGACUACCCGUACAUAGUUUCUCGAAUACGGAUGAAUUGAAAUAUCAUGUGAUGCCGAUAACACAUGUCACAAAUAUGCGCGACUGUACGAUUGUCUCAUUGGGAAUUGGUAAGGAUGUUGAAGCAGAGAAAUCGAUGCAUGCAGCUUUGCCGAAUUGUCAAUUUUUUGGCGCUGAUCCUGUUAAUGAAACAAAUGCGGACAUUUUUCCGGAGGUGGGGAAAUUCUACAACUUAGCGGUUGGCGCAAAAAAUGGCACCUUUCGAUCGUAUAUUUUGGAAGAUAUCUAUCGUUACCAGGAUGUGAAAUACGUCGAUAUUGCAACAUUUCUGCGAACGUAUGUGAAAAGAACAGUGAUCGAUCAGAUAAUGAUCGAUAUCGAACAUGCUGAAUAUCCGAUGUUGCCGUUUUUAGUUCAAACCGGACAGCUUGCACGUGAUGGUAUUGUGAUAUGUCAGAUGAAUAUCGAAAUACAUCGACCAAAUGUGGAACAAUUACAACAAUUCUUCACAUUUUAUAAACAAUUACUAAAAGAAGAACAAUGGACAUUUAUGAGUGCAUCCGGAAUUAUAGGGCAUUUAAGGUUAUUCAUGAUCAAUCACGGUAGUCAGGAAUGUCAUGAUCGAUAUAUCGGUGAAAUCUACGAUGGAGAUUUGCUUACACGUCAAAUAUCAGGAAAUGUGAUUUAA